GUUCUUCCUUAUUGACUUUAAAAACUCCACAAGGUCCCUACUUAUAUUAAUUUCCCAAGCGCCUAAGUAAAAUCUACAAACAAAGCUUCUUCUUUUUUGGUGUCAUCAAGAUUCUCCAAAAAUGUCUCAACACCAAAAAAUCUAUCCAGUCCACGAUCCAGAAGCCCCAACGGCACGUCCAACGGCUCCUUUGGUUCCUCGUGGUUCCUCAAGAUCAGAACAUGGAGACCCAUCCAAAGUCCCUUUGAACCAACGGCCACAACGGUUCGUACCGUUGGCUCCUCCAAAGAAGAGAAGAAGUUGUUGUUGCAGAUGCGUGUGUUACACGUUCUGCUUCCUCUUGCUUCUUGUUGUUGCAGUAGGCGCAUCGAUUGGUAUACUAUACCUUGUCUUUAAACCGAAGUUACCGGAUUACUCUAUUGACCGGUUACAGCUAACCCGGUUUGCAUUGAACCAAGACUCGAGUUUGACUACGGCUUUUAACGUGACCAUAACCGCUAAGAAUCCGAACGAGAAGAUUGGAAUUUACUAUGAAGAUGGGAGCAAGAUUACUGUGUGGUACAUGGAACAUCAACUAAGCAAUGGGUCGUUGCCAAAAUUUUACCAAGGCCAUGAAAAUACGACAGUGAUAUAUGUAGACAUGACUGGUCAAACACAAAAUGCAUUGAGUUUAAGGACGACAUUAGAAGAGCAACAACAAAGAACCGGCAAUAUACCAUUGAGAAUUAGAGUUAACCAACCGGUUCGGGUUAAAUUCGGGAAGUUGAAGCUCUUCGAGGUGAGAUUCUUGGUCAGAUGUGGUGUAUUUGUUGAUAGUUUGGCUACAAAUAAUGUUAUUAAGAUUCAGAGUAGUAGUUGCAAAUUUCGACUUAGGUUAUAAAUCUGUUUUUUUAUUUAUAAAUUGAUAUCGACAUAUAGAGGGAAUUUUGUCAGAUAUAGUACAUAGUUCUCCUCUAAACUACAUUAUUGUGUCUCAUACCUUUGUUGUAUAAUAAAAUUACUGAUUUUUG